AUCACUGGAACUUUGGUUUUUGCUGUCCUCACUGCCGUGCUGGGUUCCUUCCAGUUUGGAUACGACAUUGGUGUGAUCAAUGCACCUCAACAGGUAAUAAUAACCCAUUAUAGACACGUUUUGGGUGUUCCGCUGGAUGACCGAAAAGCUAUCAACAGCUAUGCUAUCAACAGUACAGAGGAGCUGCCCACAGGACCAUACCCAGGGGAUCCAACACCAACCUCUUGGGCUGAGGAAGAGACUACGGCAUCUGCUAGCCUCAUCAUCAUGCUCUGGUCUCUGUCUGUGUCCAUCUUUGCAAUUGGUGGAAUGAUUGCAUCAUUCUUUGGUGGGAUGCUUGGAGAUCGGCUUGGAAGAAUAAAAGCCAUGUUGGUAGCAAACAUUCUCUCAUUAGUUGGAGCUCUCUUGAUGUGGUUUUCGAAAUUGGGACCAUCUCAUAUUCUAAUAAUUUCAGGAAGAGGCAUAUCAGGACUCUACUGUGGGCUAAUUUCAGGCUUGGUUCCAAUGUACAUUGGUGAGAUUGCUCCAACCAAGUUCAGGGGUGCUAUUGGUGCUCUUCAUCAGCUGGCCAUUGUCACAGGCAUUCUUGUUAGUCAGAUCAUAGGCCUCGACUUUCUCCUGGGCAAUCAUGAGCUAUGGCACAUCCUGCUUGGUCUAUCUGCUGUGCCAGCUGUUCUCCAAUCUCUGAUGCUCUUCUUCUGUCCAGAAAGCCCAAGAUACCUUUACAUCAAGCUGGAUGAGGAAGCCAAAGCAAGGAAAAGCUUGAAAAAACUCAGAGGAAGUGAUGAUGUCACCAAAGACAUCACCGAGAUGCGAAAAGAAAGGGAAGAAGCAUCAAGUGAAAAGAAAGUCUCCAUAAUUCAGCUCUUCACCAAUUCCAGCUACCGACAGCCUAUUCUAGUAGCACUGAUGCUGCAUAUGGCUCAGCAAUUUUCUGGAAUCAAUGGGAUCUUUUACUACUCAACCAGCAUUUUUCAGACAGCUGGAAUCAGCCAACCUGUUUACGCAACCAUUGGAGUUGGCGCUAUCAACACGAUUUUCACUGCUCUCUCUGUUUUCCUUGUAGAGAAGGCAGGGCGACGCUCUCUGUUUCUAAUUGGAAUGAGUGGGAUGUUUGUUUGUGCCAUCUUCAUGUCAGUGGGACUUGUGCUACUGGAUAAAUUGCCUUGGAUGAGUUAUGUGAGUAUGACAGCCAUAUUCCUCUUUGUCAGUUUCUUUGAAAUUGGGCCAGGCCCCAUCCCCUGGUUCAUGGUGGCCGAGUUUUUCAGUCAAGGACCACGCCCUGCUGCUUUAGCAAUGGCUGCAUUCAGCAACUGGACCUGCAAUUUCAUUAUAGCUCUGUGCUUCCAGUACAUUGCGGACUUCUGUGGACCUUAUGUGUUUUUUCUCUUUGCUGGAGUGGUCCUGGUCUUUACUCUGUUUACAUUUUUCAAAGUUCCAGAAACCAAAGGGAAGUCCUUUGAGGAAAUCGCAGCAGAAUUCCAAAAGAAGAGUGGCUCAGCCCAAUCACCAAAGGCUGCUGUAGAAAUGGAAUUCCUUGGAGCUACAGAGACUGUGUAAAGAUAACCUGCUUUUUGAACAGAAACUGGAAGGAAGCAGUGUUUUUUAAAUAACAAUUUUUUGAGAAUUUUAUAUCUACAUUUUGAAGUACUGUUUUAUUUUUUAAAGAGAUUUAUGGGCUCUGACCAGAAAUGUCAUUGAACAUUACAAAAGUAUUUUUUUUAACUUAGGGAAUCUAUGUUGGGUGUUAAGACUCUGUAAUUAAGUAAACCAAAAGUCUAGCU